AUGUCCGCCCUCCCAUCUCGACACAGCGUCCACUACCACCAGCACCAGCACCGCCACCACACCCCUAGACAUCCCGCAAACGCCCCUCAGCAGCGCAGCCUCCACCCCGCAGUCCUCAGCCACAGCAUGAGAGUGUACCUCUACACACGCACCCUCACCUCCCCAGCAUCCACAUACACCCCCACAGCCCCAAAACACAACCUCCUCUUCACGGCGUGCCUCUUCCACGACAUCAGCACAGCGCCGCAGUACAACGGCCGCAGCGCUUCGACGUCGCCGAGUGCGAUAAACACGAUGUCUGGACCGCGAUUGCGUGCCAUACGAGGCCUGGGGGGGCAGGUUGGUGGGCGGGAGGGGAAGGCGCCGAUGGUGAGUUGGCCGGGGGUUCUGUGGCGGGCGGCGGUGGCGGUGGCGGAGUCGGAGUGGGAGGGGGUGAAUAGGGCGUUUUGA